AUGAAGUACCUCUCCAUCGCCAUCCCUCUGCUGGCCGCUGCGACUGUCCAGGCCGCCGCCGUUCCGGAGGCGCAGAAUGAGCCCGGCAUGCCCAUCUGGUGCGGCCACCCCGGCCAGGGCUGCUACAUGUACAAGCGCACCGCCGGUGUCUCCAACGAGGUCAAGCGCUCCGCUGAGGCGCUCGCUGAGGCCAUGGCCGAGGCCCACCCUCAAGCCCUUCAGAUCUGGUGCGGUCACCCCGGCCAGGGCUGUGCCAAGGCCAAGCGCGCCGCCGAGGCCGCCGACGAGGUUAAGCGCUCUGCCGAUGCUCUUGCUUAUGCCAUGGCUGCUCUGGAUGAGGAGUAA